AUGGCUGACACUGCACCGGUGAAAAGAAAAGCCGAGUCAGACACAAGAGGUGAUGGCGACUCUAAGCGAUCUAAGGGUAAGAAGAAGUGGGAGAUGCCAAAACGUGGCAACGCUGAAGCUCGACAAAUCAAUCCCGGUGAUGUGGGGAUUUGGGCGACCUGCGCUAUGAAGAAGGAAGCACCGACUGUCGCGGAUUUGCGAGAUGUAUUUCAAGGAUACGCUACGAAGCUGUAUGGUGACCAGGCCGACGGAACAGCCAAGGACGACGAGGACUCGGACGCCGGCGGCGAUAUCGAGGCCGAGAUCAAAAAGGAGCUUGCCGAAAUUCGAAAGCCAACUGUGAAGCCCCUCUUCACAUCCGUGAAGUUAGACACACAAUGCUUGGUCUUUUUCAAGACACGUGCACCUGUGGAGCCUCUGUCGUUCGUUCACAAGAUCUGCCAAGACACUGCAGAUGGUGUCCAGCAUAAGAAUUGUCGUUUCGUGAAACGCCUCACCCCAAUCAGUGGAACUGAGAAAGCCACUCAGAAGGGACUUGAAACUGUUGCAGAGGCAGUACUUGCACCUCACUUCCACGGAGACGAGAAUGCAGGGAAGAAAUUUGCGAUUCGCCCAACGAUCCGGAACCACAGAGAUCUCAAAAGAGACGACGUUAUCAAGACAGUCGCAGCUGCAGUAGGUCCAGGCCACAAGGUCGAUCUGAAAGGGUACGAUCUUCUAAUCCUCGUCGAGAUCUACAAGAACAUCGUUGGUAUGAGUGUUGUAGGCCCGGAUUAUGAUAAGCUUAAGCGAUACAAUAUCGAAGAGCUGCGCCAGGGACCUUCAGGCGACACCUCAGAGACGCCAGCUCCAGCUCCAGCUCCAGCUCCCGCGCCAGAUGCAACUACUGAGAGUACCUAG